CUACCACUGCCAGAGGGCAUAUGAUUGUUGAAAUUUAAACAUAAAUAUUGUUUAGCGUUGAUACUGGAAGAGACCAGCAGCAGUUGAUUUGUUGUUUGCUUGAUAUGAGAAAUAAAGUUUGAUUUGAGGAUAUGAAGGAAAUAAGCUGAUUUUGAAGGUGGAAGGAAGCGUUGCUAAGUUCCCAAUGCCAAUAUGCCAUCUAAAAUCAGACAGAAGAAGACCAGUAAAGUUGCUCGUUUGAAGGGAAAAUCUUCAAAAGGGAGGAGAAGGCAUGCACCCAACAUGUCAUUUCAAGAGACUGAAACAAAUAUUUCCCAGCAUCUCAUUUCGCAAGAAUUACUAAGGACAUAUCAAGCAAUUGCCAAAGGUUGCACGGAGACAUCUUACAGGAGCUCAAGCCACAACUCCAUUAUGGAGGUCCACUCUGAGAGGGACAAAGUUUACAUUCCAUUUCCAUAGUCCAUGAAAUUUGAGAUGCCUGAGAUAUAUGAUUUAGAGCAGUAAGCGAUGCUCCCUGAUUUCCAUACGACUUGCUGCAGUUUGUAGAUGAUCAGUGUGGCCCAUCUCAACACAUUGCUUGCACGGAUCUGCUUCUUUGAUGUUAUCCCUUUGUGGCUGAUAUGGACAAUAUUCACCCUCAUCCGGAGUUUGACAUGUGGCCACCGUAACGCCAAAAACAAUGACUGAGUUCACUGAUAGAUAUAUCACAUUAUGUCAAGAAAAUCAAGGAAUAUUUCCUUAACCAUGAGUGGUUAAGGAUCGACUAUAAAAUGUGGACGCUGAUAUAGUCUGAGGUUGAACAUUCUCUUUUAUCCCUCCCUUGUUCAUUUUGAAAUACUAACCUGAGCUUUGAAGGACCAUGUCAAUAGCCUCAUCGGAUAUCGAUCUUCUGCUAUGAACAUUUCCUUAGCUAUAUGUGGGGAGCCUCGGGCAGCACCAAAUCUUGUAAUGCAGAUCAUAUCUGAAUCAAGUGGUGGCCACCGACAUUAGCUGACAAUGGUGGCGUAUUAAAGUCAUGGUCUAAUGCGUCAAGCUUGUUUUCUUAUCAGGAUUUGGGUGAUCGACUCCACUGGCGCUGCCAUCAACGGAUGAUAAGCAUCUUAAAUGCUGUCAGGCUGUGGCUUUCAAGCUCAAGCACCGAUGGAUGAAACGAAGGAGCUGCCGCAUGGAACAGUCGACCCACCUCCCCCAUGUGUUCCUCCACCAGCGGCACGUCACUCUUUUUGUGGGGCCAGAUGAACAUGUGGCGCAUGCGCGACUGCUGGUAGAUGGUGCCGGUGGGGCCCAGGUGGCAUCCACGGUGGUCCACGCUGUCCCCCGGCCAAAUCUCGGUGGAACAAGGGUGAAGAAGAGUUGUGCUUUGGUGGUUGAUGAGAUAGAUGGCAAGCUUGCUCUGAGAAGGUCCCCCAUGCAUGAUAAGAAAGAGAAGCAUUGUUUUCAGCAGAAAACUACAUAUCAGCAGGCUGAUGGGAUGCCUUCUCUGUCGAGAUUCACAUGUUCUUUCAAGUGCAUGGAAUUUGGUGCCUUCACUGAUUUAAUGAGCCGUCUCUAUCUGCUUGCAGUGGGAGUGGGAGUGGGGUCACUUUGUUGGCUUGCCAGCUCUCCUUGGCACAAAGGGCUAUGUUCAAAGAGGUGGGAUGCAUACGACGAGGAUGGCCGGCAGCUUCAUCACGUAUGCAGGAUUAACUACGAUAACCAGAAAACACAAAGCAAGAAUACCGGAGUCAAGUUCGAUGAACGUUUAAGAGUCCGAAGAAUCGUCGGAGAUGAUGAUGGAACCAACCGAGAAGAAAUCGGGAACCUGUUGGAAGUUCGCCGAAGAGAUCGUCGGAGGUUCACAGAGAUCACCGAGGAGUCUCGGCUACUCAUUAAAGUCAUCACAAGUUCGGGAGCGUGCUUGGACCCCGUCGGAAGAAGUUCGUCGGAAAGCUCACCGGAACAAGACUUGACGCUCGCGGUUGAUAAAUUGCUUAGGAUGUGUUUUGUUAUGUAGUUCACUUGUAAUUAGGAUUAGGAUUAAGAAGAUAAUCCUAUAUCCUGGUUAGGGGCCAACUGGGGCCAAAGUCAGAUUUGGUUUGGGCUAAAAGUAAGCCAAACCAAGUGAACCGGAGAGCUAGGCGAUGGCACCGCCUGGCUGGGCGGUGGCACCUCCAGCACCGGGAACCCUAAGAGAAUUCAAAUUUUGGAGCCCAAAAUUUGAAUCCUCUUGAGGCCUAUAAAUACCCCUCAAAUCUCAGCUGAGAUUACAACUUUUUGAGAAGCAUUUUGAUUGAGAGAAAAGUCUUAGAAAGUCUUAGCAAGUCUUGUUUUCAAUUUGUUAGAGAGUUCUCCUCCUUCUUUCUUAUUGAAAAUUUGUAAGAGGUUGAACUGCUUGUAAAAUGUUGUAAGAGGGGUGUUUACCCUUCCAUUUC